CUAAUUAAGAUGCAGGAUCGUUUUUGAUAAAUCACAGAUGACCCACUUUACCUGAAACGACAUUUGUCUGCAUGAAGUAAACGAAGGUAGCAAAGAAAAGGCAAAAGAAGAAAAGAGUCUGUUUGGCCUUCACUUCAAGGCAUGGGAAGUUUGCCUCAUUACGAAAUCGGGAUUCAGAUUGCAUAAUUUCUUUGUUUGCUCUCUGUUUUUUUAUAAGACGCUUUCUUUAACAAUUUCCCCAAGUGCGACGUGUUGGAUUCGUCUCGCGAUCAAGCGCGCGACUCAGAUCUGCUGAUGAUGAACAUGAGGUCUCUGCUGACACUUCCAGUGUUUUUGGCUCUCAUAAGGGGGACCAAGGGACAGAACCCAACAGUGUUACUCCGGCCGAACUUCCCUCAGGUGUAUGUUGGAGAUGACGUCACUCUGAUCUGUAACCGUGAAGGAGGGAGUAAACCAACAAUAUGGUAUCGUGAUGGAAAAGUACAAGAAUCAUAUCAGGAUUAUACAAUGCUGCUUACUGCAGUGACACCAGAAAACAACGGGUCGUAUAAAUGUGUGCAGGACAAUCAGAAAAGUGACCCGUUCACACUCAUUGUACUGGAGCUGGAGCCUCAUGCUCAGCUCUCUCCAUCUGUUGGAGGUGCUGUGAUGACCAAAGGAGAUGGAAGAAACCUGGUGCUGCAGACAGAUGAUGAUCUGAAGGACUGGGCUUGUUAUGUGUUGAGAGGAGUGAGAACCUUCAGUUUAGGACUCGAUAUUAAUAAGGAGAUGAAGAGAGCUGUUAUAUUUGCAGAAUUAAAGGAGGCAGAAAGAGCCACUUUCUGGUGCAGGAACAGGAAAACACAACAUCGAAGCAAUGCAGUGACGCUGAAAAUGACAGAGCUCAUGGUGAUGUUGGUUCCUCCGGCUGCUCCUGUCCUGCAGGGGGAGCCUGUGGCUCUCAGGUGUGUAGUCUGGGGUGGACCGAAACUAGAAAAGGUUGUCUUCUAUAAGAAUCUAAAAGAAAUCAUCAGCUCAUCUAAAGGCACAUACGACAUCAACAACGCCACACAAGAUGAUAACGGCAAAUACAGCUGCCACGCCACCUACAGGUACACACACAUCAGUGCAGGAGCUGCAGAGAAGGAAGGAGAUUCUGAUCUCCAGGAGUUAAAAGUUAUAGGUGGGCCUGCUGCUGCAGUUAUUUCAGGGUCUGCAAAGAGUCUGCAGUGUUCCUGCCCUCGCUGUCCUAAAAUCUGCACGUCCUGCCACUGGUAUCACACACUCUCUAAUGACCCACAGUCACACAGAAGACUACCUGAAAAUGGCAUGUCUGUUACUCCUGAGGAAGAAGGAGAGUACAGCUGCCGGUUUGACUGUGGGAAUGGUUUCUCCCGUUUAAGCGAUCGUUACAGCUACAAAGCACAACCGGCGGAGUUUGGAGGCCUGCUGUACAUACUGGUCGGGGGGGCAGCACUCAUUAUUCUCCUGUGUGGGACUGUGUGGAUGCUGAAGCGCAGAAAACAAGGAGGAAGUGAUAUACAAGAGAGUAAACAGGGUAAAGAUAAGGACAUGCUGAUAAGUUUAAACUUUGAGCAAAGGGAGUAUUUUUAAGGCCUAGACAGUGGAGGACAAUCAGUAUGAAGAACUGAAGGCUGAGAAACAGGAGACAAAUGAGAUGAGCAAAGAGAAAGAAUGAAGAAUAACCAUAUACAUGUCAACCAAUAGUCAAAUAGCUGUUUUAGGCAUUUAAAGCAAUGCCGCCUUUCUAUAAACUCGGCAUUCAUUACUAAUAGUUUAAUUCCAGCUAUCAUUUCUUUAUUUAAAGUUAUAGUGAUAAUAUCAAAUAAUGUUUAAUGUGUCAAAGAAGCAUCACCACUGGGAUGUGUGAGGAUGCUUUAAAGAAAUAGUUCACUCAAUUAACCUUCAAGUCAUCUAAGAUGCAAACAUGUUUGAUUUUCUCAAAUAUUUGGAGAAAUGUAGCAUUGCAUCACUUGCUCAUCAAUGGAUGCUCUGCAGUGAAUGGGUGCCGUCAGAAUGAGAGUCCAAACAGCUGAUAAAAACAUCACAAUAAUCCACACCACUCCAGUCUGUCAUUGAAUGUCUUGCGAAGCCAAAAGCUGUGUGUUUGUAAGAAACAAAUCCAUUUCACUUGACGAGCAAGUGACAGAACGCUACAGUUUUCUAAUUCUGAUGAAGAAACAAACUCAUCAACAUCUUGGAUGACCGGAAGGUGAGCACAUAUUCAGCGGAUUUUCAUUUCUGGGUGAACUAUACCUUUAAGAAAGUUCCUAUUCCUUCAGCCUCCACGUAAACAAGCAUCCAAACACACACACAUUAUGACAUUCACACACAAAUACACAGAGACCAGUAAUAAAUGAAUCUGAAUAUGUGCAUAAAGUUAUAGUUACACAUUUCCACUAUUAAAUGAUCAACCUUGAGGCUGAAGACACCAUUAAACAACAUUAGUACUGAUGUUUCUACUAUUUCUCAGCUAUAGUGACUCAUUCAGCUAUAAAUGCAUGUGCACUGUAGUCUAUUCACACUAUUUCAUCAUUUUAUGCUUAAUUCUAGUGUUUUUAUGUGACAGUGUUGUUUAUAAAGUACUUUGAGAACUUUUCCUGAUUAUAAAAGCGAUGCAUAUUCAGCUUUUUUAAUUGAGGAUGUGUAUCAGAUAGAACACAGCUGUAUAAUUGAAUGAAAUAUAUCUCAGUGCAGCUGUAGUUCAGUCUUUCUCCACUAAAGGACAAACCAGUGUCUGACCCAGUCAUGUCGAGGUUCACCACAAGAGGUCACUGCAGGAUUGAUUUGCUUUUCUGCUUACACACUGGUUAGUGGUUUUGUCACUUAAUCUGUUUAUUCUACUUCCUUGUAUAGCAUCUUGUGUAUUUCACAUUAAAUAGUGAAUAAAUUGG